AGUUUAUAGACAGAUGCAUUUCGUUGCAACCAUAAAACAAUUAGAAGACGAGAUGGUGGAGCAUCGGGAACGACUUGAGGCAACCCAACUCAAAGCGGAGGAAAAAGCCGCGAUUGAAGGGAAACUUCAGAAAACUAAUGCAGUGAAAGUUCAAAUUGAAAAGAAUGAUGGAAAACGGAAUAGAAAAAAUUCUGGAACUUGUGAUCUAUGUGAGAAGAACUUCAAAACAUCGGAAGAAUUGGUGGAACAUAAGAAAAAUUAUCCAAGAGCGGAUGUUGAAAAAGCAUUGUCUGUUUAUAAGGAAAAGGACACUAUUUACAAGUGUCUACAAUGUUCCGGAGAGUUCCGUCUUAAGGAAGAUUUUGAUUACCAUCAAGAAUUGCAUAAAAGACUUGGAGAAUUAAAAAGCGCUUCCAGUAACAAAAGUGAAGCCAACAAGGACGACGAAAGUGACAUCGAUUCUUCCUUUGAGAUCAUCGAAAAUUGAACUAAUUUUCUUUGUUCGUUUUUUUAAAGAUUUGCUCAGUGUACUUGUAUCCUAGUUUACUGCCUAUAUCCCUCCAAAGUAAAUCUUUUUGUUAAAAUUUA